GUAAUAUUUAAAGUAUUUAACCCUUAUAUUUAUCGUGUAACACUUAAUUCCCGCCCAAAACUGUCGUCUUCCUCCUCACACAAACCCGAGAGGCCAGCGAUCAUCCAUGGACGCCGAUUGUGAUUCCGAAGUACAACUAAAACUCUUCGCAGAAUUUCUAAUACGUCACUACUCCGAUAAGCUCCGUUCUAUUGUUCUCUCCGCUGACCCUAAGCUUCACUACCCUCUCUAUAUCGAUUUUGCAGAGCUGCUGAACGAUGAUCCCCAGCUUGCGCAUCUCGUGUUCUCUCAACCAGCUGGGUAUUUGAGGCAUUUUGAUAAAGCUGCUCUAUGGGCUCAUAAAAUUGUGCUGAAGAAUUUGAAGUGCGGGGAGAAAGGGAGUGAGAAGAAGUUCAUUCAUGUUCGUAUUGAUGUUAGUGGAUCUCCACUUGAAUGCACUGAGACAUUUCCAAGCAUUGGACGUGUGAGGGUGAAGCAUCGUGGAAUUCUUCUGACUCUGAAAGGAACUGUAAUCAGGUCUGGAGCAAUAAAGAUGUAUGAAGGGGAGAGGAUAUAUCGGUGUAGGAAAUGCAAGAACGAGUUCCCAGUGUUUCCUGAGCUCGAGACUAGAAACUCCAUAAUCCUUCCAUCAUUUUGUCCCUCUUUGAGGUCUAAACCUUGUGAAGGUACAAGAUUUGAUUGUGUAGAUGAAACUAUAAUUCGUCACGACUAUCAGGAAAUCAAAAUACAAGAGAGCACACAGGUGUUGGGUGUUGGGGUUAUUCCUCGUUCAAUUCAUGUCAUCCUAACAGAUGAUCUUGUCGACAUUGUUAAAGCUGGAGAUGAUGUCAUCAUUACGGGAAUGUUGACUGCAAAAUGGUCUCCUGAUGUAAAAGAUGUACGAUGCAAUCUUGAUCCUGUUUUAGUUGCUAACCAUGUGAGGAGAACGAAUGAACUCAAAUCAGAUAUUAACAUCCCAAAUGAUGUAAUCAUGAAAUUCAAGCAAUUUUGGUUAGACUUCAAAGAUACUCCCUUGAAAGGGAGAAACACUAUUCUACGAGGUAUUUGCCCUCAGAUUUUUGGACUUUUCACCGUGAAACUAGCUGUUGCAUUAACUCUCAUUGGAGGUGUGCAACAUGUAGAUGGUUCUGGUACAAAGAUUCGAGGAGAGUCUCACUUGCUUCUGGUUGGUGAUCCAGGUACUGGCAAAUCUCAGUUCUUAAAAUUUUCUGCAAAAUUGAGCAACCGAUCUGUCAUCACUACUGGAUUGGGGAGCACUAGUGCAGGAUUAACUGUCACUGCUGUCAAAGAUGGAGGGGAAUGGAUGUUAGAAGCAGGCGCCCUUGUUCUUGCAGAUGGAGGCCUUUGUUGCAUUGAUGAAUUUGAUAGUAUGAGAGAACAUGACAGGGCGACAAUACAUGAGGCAAUGGAGCAGCAGACCAUUAGUAUAGCCAAGGCUGGUCUUGUAACAACACUUAGUACUAGGACAACUGUCUUUGGUGCGACAAAUCCGAAAGGACAAUAUGAUCCUGAUCAAACUCUCUCUGUCAAUACGGCUCUCUCGGGUCCCUUACUAAGUAGAUUCGACAUAGUUCUUGUUCUCUUAGAUACAAAGAACCCUGAAUGGGAUGUGGUUGUAUCUUCUCACAUUCUUGCAGAGGAAGAAUCGGGGAAGGGCAAAGACGAUGAUUUAGCUAACAUUUGGACAUUGGCCACGCUUCGCAGGUAUAUUCAGUUUGUUAAAGGACGCUUCAGGCCAGUACUCACUGCAGAAGCUGAAAAGGUCAUCUCAAGUUAUUAUCAACUUCAAAGAAGAUCUGCAACUGAUAAUGCAGCAAGGACAACUGUGCGGAUGUUGGAAAGUCUGAUACGCUUGGCACAAGCACAUGCAAGACUUAUGUUCAGAAAUGAGGUUACUAGACUAGAUGCCAUUAUGGCGAUUCUAUGCAUCGAGUCAUCCAUGACUACUUCAGCCAUCGUUGACAGCAUUGGAAAUGCUCUGCAUUCAAAUUUCAGUGAAAACCCAGAUGAGGAAUAUACCAAGCAAGAGAGACUCAUCCUAGAAAAGUUGAGAUCAAUUGAUGAGUGUUCCGACAUAAACACUGCAGGAAGAACUUUUGAUUGAUGAGGAUGACUGAAUAACCGCGAUAUUAGGUUUCUCUCUGCAGGCAGAAGCUGGUAACUACCAUUUUGUCACAUGGAGCCUUUCAAACCAUUCUCCUCGAAGCUCGAACAUGAAAGGUAGGCAGUGAAUUGACUGUCGGGAUAUCGACGUAAAUUUGAUUGUCUGCUACCCUUAAUUUGGAUAGAAAGCCGAGAUUUACUAAUGAACUGGGUGUUUGUGCUGGUAACUUAUUUUCAGGCAAGUUAUUAUUAUCAUUUUAUCA